AUUUCAUAGAAACUUCUUGUGGAGCUUUUCGUUUUCGACGUUUAUUUGUUGGCAGCACAGUAUUAUUAGUUUUCCCAUUGACCGUUGGUGUAUUGACAUUUCCGAAAUAAUUGUAUCUGCGGUAUUUUUGUGAAAUGUGUCUUAAUAAAAGUUAUAAUAUUAUUUUGUAAAAUAUGUGUUAGUGUAAACACUGUUGUUGUUUUUAUAUGUUUGUCGAAAGGAUUAAAUUCAGCACAAAAUGGACGCCAAAAGAAAAUUAUCCACUCAAGGCGAUUCGUUAUAUGAGGUGUUAGCAUUACCAAAAACAGCAACAAACGAAGAAAUAAAGAAAACUUACCGACGUUUAGCACUUAAAUAUCAUCCAGAUAAAAAUCCCAAUAAUCCGGAAGCCGCGGAAAAAUUUAAAGAAGUAAAUAGGGCCCAUUCUAUACUCAACGACGCUACUAAACGAAAUAUUUAUGAUAAUUACGGUUCAUUGGGUCUCUAUAUCGCCGAGCAGUUCGGAGAAGAAAACGUCAAUGCCUAUUUUGUUGUAACUUCUACGUGGUGUAAGGCACUUUUCUUCUUCUGCGGAUUCAUAACAGGCUGUUAUUGUUGUUGUUGUUUAUGCUGCUGUUGCAAUUUCUGUUGCGGAAAGUGCAAACCUAGACCACCUGAAGACACAGGCGAUUAUCACACAUUGAACCGAGAUCAGGGUCCAAGCUCAGCUCAACAUGUGCACACUACCCAACCAGGUAAAAUGGAUGAUGGAUCCGAUGAUGGUCGAGGUGAUAACUCUCCGGUGACGAGUCAACCGUCUCCUUCCAGAACCCAAAAUGCUCCCGUGUAUGCCAUGCCACCACCCGCUUAUAAUACGGUGUCACAAAAUAAAGGAGAAAACUCCGCAUUAAACCAAGGCGAUGUCCCUGUUUAUACGCCAGAUCUAAAAUAAACGACAAGAAGAGUGGUCUACUUAGGUCUUUAAAAAGCGUUUUGAUAGGUGCACCCAAAAAUUGUCAAUGGUAGAAGAAGACAUUUCUAAUCUUCUUUGACCUAGUCAAAUUAUAUAUUUUUUAGUUUUUUCGUCUAUAAUUAUACAUUUGAUGAUUUAGAAAUUUAAGGUUUAAAAUUAAUUGGAAAAUAUAAACAUUUUUAUAUUAUUUUCAUUUUAUUUUGAUGAUCUAUUGAAAUAGGUGACUUAACGAAGCAUGCUUUCAAGGAAUAAGUGUGACUAUUAUAUAUCAAUAUUGCACUUUGUUAUUUGAACGUUCCAGUAUUGUUUUAAUUAAUAAGUUAUUUGUGAUCUGCAAAAGCAGUUUUUUUACUGUAUGGCACAAACUACACUGUUUUUCUCUGUUCUAUUUUUCACUAGUUUUAAUUUGGGCCAUACUUUAAAUUUAACUUUUACUUAAUCCAAUAAGUUUCAAAGAAGGUAGUGUGUCAAGCGAUUUUCCAAAAAAGGUAUUAAGUCUAUAAAGAAUAAUCAUGUCUUUAGUAUUCCAAAAGUUAAAUACAGUCAUAGUAAUUUAAUAUCAAUGUAAUUAUUAUAAUACAUGAAAAUUGUUAAUAGUACAUUGCAUAAAAUUCAAUUAUUGGUGAAUUAAUACAUUAUAUUAUAUAUUUAUGAAUAAAAUAUAUUAGUUUAUUGAUAAUUACUUGUGUCACGAAAAUAAUAAAAUGAUUAGGAACAUAUUGUAUGCAUUUUAUAAGUAUAUCCCCAUUAUUGUGCUUCUGCUAACAGAAAUAGUCUAGUCUUCAAGUUCAAACUAUUGAUAAAAUUAUGUAGAUAAACUAAUUCCAUUCAAAAUUAUGUCUAGAUCAUUGUGCCUAAAAAGUUAAUUAUCUCAUAAAAUUUUCAAUUUAACACCUACCAAAUAUAGUGUUUGCUUUUUGCUUUUUUUCAAUUUAAAAAAAUCUUUCAAGAGAAGGAAAUUUACUAAAAAAGUUCCGAUUACUUAGUAUUAGUAAAUUGAAUAACAUGAAAAAAUUAUGGUAUAAUUUAAACAUUUUAGAGAAUUUAUUCCUGUUGGAGUUUUUCAACAAAUUAGACGAUUGUUAAUUAACAAAAUUAUCUUGUACUGUCUCAAUCGUUUUAAACUGAAAUAAUGCUUAGAUAAUUGUAUUAAAAUUUUUCCACUUCAUUGAGUCCUUCUGUUAUACAUACAAAACUAGAUUGCAUCAUGAAAGUUUCAAUAAUAUAGAUAUAUUGUUUGUAAUAUUUUUAUAUAUAGUUAACAAAAAAAGAGAAAACAAGAAUUUCAUAUCAUUUUUUUCUUUAUUUAUUAUUAUUUUUAUGUCAAUAAAAAACAUUUUUGUAAAAUUGCCAUUAAAAGUAACACUUCUAAUCACAGCCAAUAGUGUUAAAAGUGAUUGUUUACCUAGAAGUGCGUUGUAAAUAUUUUUAACCCUACAUUUUCUAAUGAUGAAAUCAGAUUGAAUUAUAGGGCAAUCCAGAAGUAUGACCUGUGCAACACUAAUAAGGCCGCUGACAAACAACAUGUUUAACGAUAUUGUCACCUGGUGUUUGCUACUGUCUUAGUGUAAUCCUACGGUCUGUUGCCUUGCAUUGCCUAAGAUCUAUUUAUAAAAGACAUAAUUUAUUGUUUCGUUAUAACAUGUGAUUUUUUCUUUUUAUAUUCUAUAUCUCGAAUAUAUUUCAAAUCCUGAUAUUCCAGAUUUAAAUGUUACUUUAAUAUUGUUAGCAAUAUUUGUUCUUUGGCUGUGAGAACUGCACAACUCCAGUAAACUUACAAUAAUUUCAACAACUGUAUAGUUAUUUAAACCUGUAUAAUAUUUAGUUUUCUUUUCAUAAUUUCUUAAAGCUUCUCUAGAAAGUGUGGGUUUUAAUAAUGUAUUGUUACGAGCUAACUUGUAAAAGCAUCAGAUAUAUCUUCUGAUAGUAAAUCUGUCCGUACUUCUUGAGCUCAUCUAUAUGGAAAUUCUUCUGGAACAUUUUCUGUACUUGUACAUGAGUUUCAGUUUCUUCUAGUAAAAACUAAAGAUAUUCUUUAAUAAAAAGAUAUAAUAUUUUUUUAAUUGAAUCAUCUUUCCGGGAACUUUUGAGAAAAUCUGAAUUAAUUAUUGUAUGAAGUAUCUUACUUUACUAACCACAAAUGUGAUAUACUUUACGAUAAUUACAUUUUCUACAUUAAAGUUUAUCAUGUUUUGUACCACUGGCACUACGGCCCUCAAAGAGCUUUGGGCUUUUCCAGUCAUCACGGUUCAACGUUCGGCGUGUUCACCCAUCUCCCGCCUAGCUCCCGAAUAUCCUCUUCGACAUCAUCCAGCCAUCGCUUGCGCGGUUACCCUUUAGACUUCUGUCGGUACGCUUUGCGCAUCCCCCGCUCCUCAGGUAUUCCAAGUGGCCUAACCAUCUUGGACUUCUGUCACCAGGCUGGGGUCUUCAUAGAUAGAUAGCCGGUGAAGCUUUACAUACGCCACACGCUCUGCUCGUACACUGAUCCAUAUAUUAGGACUAAGAUCUUACACUCCCACAUGUUAAGCAGCCGCUGCUCGCGGCUUUUUAAUACGGGCGCUCGACUUGAUCAUUGAAAAUUUACUCCACAAAGUUGAUGAGCUCCUUAUAUUUGAUUUUUUUGGAAGGCCAAAAAUUAGUAUAUACAAUAUCGUACUGCUGAGCUGAUUUUUAUGUAGGAGUUCCAAAGUUGCUCGUCAUGCAGACGUUUCAAUAUUAACAGGAACAAUCAAAUCAACACUUGUAUUAAUUAUUCCACUUUCUACAAACAUAUUAUUGGGUUGUCGACAAAGUAGUUUCGGUUUUGUAUUAUAAAUAAAACACUUUUUUAACAAAGAUUAGUUUUUAAUCAAUUAUAUAUUUUCCAUUUUGCCCAAUGACCUUUUGCUAUCUUUCUUCCAGCUUCAUGAUACCGCGCUCAUACAUUUUCUGGUCCUUGAUUGCUGGUCAUCGUCAUUUGUGAAAAAUUGAGCAUUAAAAAAAUUCUGCAAACUUCGAUAUAAAUGGUAAUCAGAUGUGUGAGGUCUUACAUUAUCAUGGUGGAACACUAAACCAUUCCGAUUUGACAAUUCUGGCCGUUUACCUUUGAUUGCUUCAUCCAGUUUCAUUAAUUGUUGAAGCAGCUCAAAAAACACAACACCUUUGUAAUCCCACCAAACUGACAGCAUGAACUUUUUGUUGUUUUUUUGCUUUCGCUGUGGUUUGUGCUGGUUCAUCGUAUUUGCUCCACGAUCGUUUUCGAACUAUGUUACUGUACAAGACCCAUUUUUCAUCACCAGUGAUGAUUCUUAUCAAAAAACGGUCGGCUUAAUUUCGUUUAAGGUGCAUAUCGCAAAUGUUGAUUCUUUGUGUUAAAUGGAUUUCUUUCAAUUCGUGAGGUACCCAAAGAUCAAGCUUCUUAACUAGCGCAAGACUUUUUAAGUGUUUUUCAAUUGUUGAGUGCGUGUCAAUUCUAAAAGGUGAUUAUAGAUAGAGAAAAUUUGAUACUAAAAAUAUUCAAUACUAUCUAAAAUUUCAUCUAAAAACUUUCGCAUAGAAAAUUAUUACUCAUCAUAAUGAAUAACUAUUCUUUACUAAAAGUAAUAACUUUUUCUUCGUUUAUUUAUUAAAUAUUUAAAAUCAAAUGAACUAUUUUAAUAUUAUCAAAUAAAUUUUAAAUUUUGACUCACUUUCGAGGCGGUGUGUGCAAUAUAAUAAAGGCGUGCGGAGGUAUAUUUCCAGGAAUUAGAACUUUUUUGUUAAAGUCUUUUUUUUUCAAUUUAAAAAUAGAUAUUACUUUAAUAGCUAUGAAAAAAACCAGGCACUAUUUUUGAAGAUAUUUAAUUGUUGUUUAACUUUUGAACUUUUUAUGGGCUAACUAACUUUUUAUUUACAAUGAUUUAUACAUCAUUCCAGAUCAAAUGAACUAACUCAUACACAUAAUUUUAGUGAUAGUAUAUUAAAUAACAGGAUUUUAACUUGUAGACAAGACUAAAAAGACAUCGAGUGUUAGGUACAGUUCAAACAUUGUUUUUUUUUCAAUUAUUUGUAAACAUUUCCAUUUGUUUCAAAAUUUCCUAUUCAUUAUAAAUAGCUUUCGUUAUCACUCAUAAACCUUCAAAAGGCAUUCAUUUCUUUUAUAUUUGAAGUAUGAUAAUCUAUUGCGUGGAAUGAAAAAAUAAAGAUAUUGUGUCAAGCAGUUCAUUUACUGCUAGUGGUUCCAGGAGUGAAUUUUACAUUUUAUAACACUAUUCCAGAGUUAUAAAACAUUCUAUAAUCAAGUUACAAUUUUUACAAAAAUAUAUAUCCAUUUGAUCACAUUCAUCAAUUAAUGGAAAUGUUAAUAAAUGCGGAUUAAUUGAGUUUCUUGUAGAAAAUAUGGUCAUUAGGCCAAGUUCCAGAGUAAAAAAAGUAGGUUCAUAAUGCAAAACUCUACAGAACAGACUUUUCACCAUAUCAGGGUGAUCAUGGUGAUCAUUUUUGCCAUCUUUUUUAUCUGAAUUUUUUUCUUGUAUAACGCAUAUGUUUUUAAUUAUAGCCCUCCAAACUUGUUUCAAUAUGGUUUUUGCUAAAUAUAUAGUUAACGGUAAAUAUUGUAAAAAAUUUGGAGCGCUAUAAUUAAAAACUUAUGCGUUAUACAAAAAAAAGUUUCCAAUAUAAAAGACGGCAAAAAUUAUUAUUUAUAACAAUUAUCUCAACGUGUCCAUUUCAUUAAAUAAAUACGUGUUGCAAGAAUUAAUAUUCGUUGCUUUAAAAGCCUGUCGACAAACCUAUUGAGCAUAUCUAAAUUUCAUUUAUUAGUUUAAUGAAUGGGAUAUAUAUGUAUUAUUUUAUGUGAAAAAUACUUUUUCUGAUACUAGUUUCCAAAAAAUAUUUAAAUUUGGUUUCAAAUAUGACAUUUUUGACUACUUUAAAAGUGUAUUGAAAAUAUCGACAACUUUUUUAGGGGGUUUCUUCUUAGUUUUAUCAUGUAAUAGUAUGUUACUUAAAUUUUAAUUAUAGUACAUUUUAAUUAUGCUAAUUUGAAUUGUCUUUUUAAGGGUGUAAUCAUUUUCAUUUUGAAACAAACAUCUCUUUCCAGUGUAUUUUAGAAUCCAGUAAGUUUAGAAAAAGGAUUUUGAGAUAACAUAAAAGCAUUUAAUGUAAAUUAGAACAUGUUCCUAACCAGUCUGCUUCAAAUUAGCUGAACUUUGAGAAUAAAAAUCUUUGAACUCUACGAAAUGUUUUUUCAACGUGAUGCUUUUUGUGCACAUCAAAAGUAGGCAAAAAUGCCAUUUUUUAGUACCACCUCAAAAAUACUGAUAUGGUAGAGCAUUUCUGCAGUUGAAUUCAAAUUAUGCAAACUAUUUCUUCCAGAUUUUCAAAGACAACCAAAUUUUUUGUCAGAGCAGUGUAAUUGUUCUUUGAGUAUACUUACUUGAAUAAUCUUGUACAGUUGAUAGCCUAUAAUAACACUCACACUUUACAGUUUAUUUAGUUAAGUCAUUCAAGUUCGCAAAACUGUGAUGUCAGAUGACUGAAUGAAUUUUGUCAUGAAUAGUUUGAUGUAUACCAUUUAAAUGAUAUCAAGUGAUGGAUUUACGCCAGGCCUUGGAAAUAACAUUUUUAUAUGCCGGGAAAAAUGCCGAAAAAAAAUUGUUUCAAAAAAUUGGUUCAGUUUAAUUUUUAUAAAAAAAUUUCUAUGGAAUAUUCACUAAAAGAAUCAGUUAACUCGACUCAAGAGAAAAAAUCUAAAUUUCUGAAGAAAAAAUAUGCAAUAUAUUUCAACCACGGAGUCAUCGAGAUGUAUAUUCGAGCUACAGAUUGUUGAGAAGUAAGAUCUUUUUCCACUCUAAAAAGUGUAAAAACAAAUUUAGACGCAAGCAUAAGCCAAGAUAGACUUAAUACUCUUGCAUUACUGUCUAUUGAAGCUCAACUAGUCCAAGAAGUUAAUUAUAACGAUAUAACGUUUUUGUGCUGACAAAACCCAGGAUAAAUAAAUUUUCAAAUUGAUUAAUAUUUAAAAAAAAUUAUUAUUUAUCUAUCUAAAGCUUAUAACAUAUUUCUUUUUAAUGUUUAUUAAUUAUACUUCAAUAAAAAAGUUAUUUUGAUAUAAAAAUAUUGGAUAAAAAUUAAUGAAUCCAUUGUAUUAAAAAGGGUGGUGCAUCUACCGGGGCCUACGGUGGCAGCAAGCCCAAAUUCGUCACUUAUGAUAUCAAGAAUGUAACAGCUGUUUAAAAUCCAAUACGCGAAUGAUAAGAAUUGUGUCACAAUGUUAAUAUUUCUCUAAUUAUCCAUGAUUCAACUAAAAAUAUAUAUCCCAAGCAAAAUUAACACACAGCAAGAAUACAAUGAAAUUAAGUAAUUACUAGAUAAGGUCGAAUUAAAACAAAGACAAAUAUAAUGUUGAAUUUCAAGUACUAUUGUAGAAAAUACAGGGUUGAAUAAAGUAUCGAAAAGAGUUGGAAAGAAAAUCUAAAAAAAAUUUUAUAUGUAUUUUCUCUGUUAUCAAUUACAGCUUGACAGUGUCUGAGCUUGCUUGGGAUCUCUUUUGAUUUCACUUUAAUGAGAGCAAUUGUAAAUGUAUUUAUUAUAUCUUGUAAGUGAUUAUCAAAUACAUUCCAAAUAUGCUUUAUUAUAUUGAGGUUAGAGUUAUUAGCUGGCUAUAAUAUUGCUUGGAUUUCAUAAAAAUUUCAAGUUUUUCUUGUCAUAUAAGAUUGAGGAUGGUCAGGCAUGAAGAGAAAAUUGGUUCCUAAAAAAGGAGGGACUUGUGACAACAAUGUAUUUGUGAGCAUUAAAACGAUUUCUUUUCUUUCAAUGACUACCGGCGCAGUGUGGACCUCCAAAUUAUUGCCAUCCCAUACUUCUUCCUCAUCUUGAUGGUUCGCUCUUCUGUAUAACGAGACACGUCCAUAAUUGCCAUAUAAUAUUUCUCCAAACCUGUACCUACAUCUUUACAAAAUCGUGUCCUUGUAAUAUCAACAACAACUACAGUUUUUGUUAUAAGUUUAAGGUUUAUAUCGACAUUUGAUAAAAUUCAAUUAUUAUCCUACUGUAUAUUUGAAAUUUUUUCUAUCAUAAAUUUCACUAGUACGUAAUUACCAAAUUGUGGAAAUCUACUAGUUAACUGUUUUAUAUCUUUAUAGUCUUCAUCAUAUCCACUUUCACUGUCUUCCUCUUCUUCUUCCCCUAUCACUAGGUUUACUACUGGCUUCCUUUCAGUAUUUUCUUUUUUUGCUCUAUAUUUGUGUAUUAUUUUCGGUCUACAGCUUCAUCCGUUGCUUAAUUUGUAUUCUAGUAGCCUUAACUGGUUUAGUUGUAACUGUAUUUAAUGAUCAACAUGACUUUGAAUUGCAUUAGGUUGUGCCUCACAUUAUUUAAUAUUAUUAUUAAGCAUUCUGGUUUCAACGCACUUACUGAUAGUAGGUGUACAAUAGGCUCGGAUGAUACGCUCAAAAAUUACUAGUAUGACUUUUUGCAUUUUCAAUCUGUAGUGGUCUAACAGUAACAAAAGAUGCAAAAAAACUUCUGUAAAAUUAGUUGAAUUAAAAGGGUAUAUUCCAGUUUUUGGCAUUCUUUUUUUAAAUAUUGAUGGCUAAAGAAUUAUUAAAUGUGGACGUAUCCAAUUUUUGAAGGUGUUUUUUGGCGGUCGGUGGUUGCAUUUUCGGUGAAACGUUAUACUUAACAUUAUCUGCAUUAUGAAAAUCCCAAGCUGCUUGUUGAACUAUUUUGAAUCAUCAUUUCUUCAGAUUUUUGUUUGGGGCAAACAAAAUUGGAGAAACUUUGGUUCAUGUACUUGAUUGAAACAAAAUAAUUAUAAUUAACAGUUCUCAUUUCGCUGAAGUAGCUUGAACAACUUUGAUUUUUCACUUUAAGAACAAUUUUAUAGGCAUUGUAAAUCAGAUCUAGUGCAACAUGUAACGCUUUAAAGGAAAAGCAAAGUGUUUAUAAAGUAUUUUUAUAUUUAUGAAAUUAAAUGAAGUCGCUUGUGAUUAAAUAGUUAGUUCAUACUCCUUCAUAGAUAAUUCCGGGAUUUGAUUCAUAAAUCCACUAAACCAGCCCCAUCCUGCUUGUUUUUUAUCAUUUCAUGUUUCUGGCAUUUUCUUCGAGAACUUAUUUGGAAACUGUAAUGUUAUCUUGUUUGUGUAGUUGUUAAACCUUAAGCCAUUUUUGACGCCGUUUUCAGACAUUUACUAAGCGAUAGUUCUACUACUUCGGAAAUUACUUUUCUACUGCAAUUAUUUGGUUCGCGUUCAGUAAAUCUGUAAGAAACCUUUUAGCUUCAUGUACAAAUUUGUUCAUAUACUACUUUCCUAUGAUAGAAGUUUUGUCACUAAUCGUUCGGACAUAUUUUGUUUUUUUACUUUUUUCACUGUCACAUCAAUUUCUUGUUGAAUCUUUCAAGUUUUUUCUUCUUUAUUUCCAUAUUGAAAACAAAUCAAUUUCAAUUUACCUUCUUCGUUUAGUAUUUUGCAUUAUGAAAGGGACACUUAUAUUGAAAAGGACACUGUCUGUUUGACAAUAUUGUGUUUCAUGUAUUAGGAUAUUAGGUAAAAAGCAUAUCAUUAUAAUGCAAUAUAAUCCAUUUGCAAAAAUUUAUAUUUAAAAUGAUCAUGUUUUGUAGAUAUGUGUAUAUCAAGAUAUAUUGUGCGUAGAGAGUAUGUCGAAUCAUUGAAUUGUAUUGAAAAAUUCAGAAAAGCUUAUUGUGUUGACUUUUGUGUUAUUAGCAUAUGAGCUCAAUAGAUUUAAAAUACAAAAAAAGUCCUCACGCUCGACUUAUUACCUUCUAUAAUUUUCAUAUUUCGUCACAAACCACGUAACUCGGUUUGUUUCCCUAUAUCAAUAUUGUGUUAUCAUUGAAUAGAUAAUUUCUGAAUAUAACAGAAAAAUUCGUAAAGACGUAAAAAAAUCCAUGAAAAUUUAAAAGUCUAAAUAGAAAACUCCCAAUUGAAACCACCAUUUUGUUUAAAGCUAACCGCACUCCGUGUUAAUUUACUUGAACUGUUUUUCUUUAAUUAUUUUCUCUAAAUUGAUAUCUGGCCAUCAUUUCAAUUUAAAAAAAACUUUUUUCAUCGAUAAGUUUUUUAUGGCUACUGUAAAAUUUGGUUUUAUGGAGUUAACGAGGUUUGCGACUUAAGUACUUCAACGAUGUACAUUUGUAAUGACUUUGAUGGACUGUGUUUGUGAUAAUUGUCUGCCAUAAAAUAGUAUAGUAUGUAUAAGAUCAGCACUAUCUCUGGAUUUUUAUCGGUUUAUGUGCAUAUAAUAUAAUAUCGAACAUAAAAUUAGGGCCACCCCGUAAUUUAAAGUUAUUUGAGAAAAUUUUGUUUCUAGGAUUUUUUUCGGUAAUAAAAUAGUUUGUUGACUAUUUGUUUCAUAAAAAUGAAAAUAAUGAAAAUGAAUAAUUUUAAUUUAUGCUAAGUAAUGAAAAUAAACAAUUUUAUUUUGCUAUGAUUUUCGUUGAAACAAAAAAAAAUUACGUAGCGAGUAUUCCCUUCUAUGGCAGUGAUAACAGCCUUGCAAUGACGAGGCAUACUUUGGAUCACAUUUUGCGGAAGAUUGUCUCAUUCCUACACCAAUAUGUUGCGAAGCUAUCUAAAAAUGAUGGGGACCGGCACAUGUCUCCGUAAACGUCUCCCCAUAUCAUUCCAAAUGUUUUCAAAGGGAUUUAAGUCUGAACUGAGAGCAAAUUGUGGUAUUUGAUACUUGGUAACUAUCCCACCAGUGUGGGGGCGUGCAUUAUCAUGCAUAAAGGUUGCGUUGUCUCCAAGAAUAACCACGAAUGGUAUGUCUUCUAGAACUUCUGUCAGUUACCUGUACGCUGUCAACGUCCCAUUCUUGCUAAAGCCUCACUGAUCUUGCACCAAAUUAAAGUCAAUACACGCUUGAGCAUAUUUCUUGCCUUAUCAGCGCCACACUCUUAUAGUCUGUCUGAGUCCGUAAGAUAGACUCGCGAUACAUCGGAAAACUAUAUGCUAUUGACGAAAAGCGGCGGUUCAGUGGCUUUGGUUCGAGAAGAUAAUCCAGCAGCAUGAAGUCGCCUCCUAACUAUCCAAUCACUUAUAUUUACAUUUAUGCAAAUGAUUUCCAAGGGAAACAAACAUCCGUAACUGUUCAGUUUCUCAAAGCACUAGAAACGAGAAAGCGGUCAUCUUUAGCUGUUGCAGUCUGCUCAAAUCAGUCUCUUUGUACCGCUAUCAUAUUAGUUGCACAUUCGAGGACUUACAUCACUAUAGCUGCCACAAUAGAAUUUAUGAUCACCGACAAUGACAAUACUACACAAACAAUUUGCAAUAGUGAAUAGACAGAUAAAACAACGGCAAGGAAAAGUAUGUUGAUAAUGGUUUUUAGGAAUUCAGGUGAAGGGCCCUUUUUGUCAAGCGCUUAUCAAAACAACAAAAGUGUGGGACUAAAUCUAUCGCAAUCAGAGGAAUUCACAUUAAUCAUAAUAAAAUGAUAUUUGUACCUCUACCUACCUAAUAUAAAAUUAUAAUUUUUAAAAUGGUUCUUUUAGUACUUAUUAUGUCUCGUUGGAAUACUAGAAAAAGUGAAGAAAUUAUUUAUACUUAUAGUCAGUAGUAAUCAAUUUAAAACCAAACCAUAACUGCAGCUAUUGAUUAAAGAAAAACCUGUUCAAAAUGCACACCCGAAUACUAAUUUAUGGCCAUUUAUUACCAUUAAUACAGUCAAACGUCAGGAUCCUCGAAAAGAAAAAUUUAAAUGUAUAUAUUGUUUCAACGACGGCCAUAUGCGCUUAUGAAGGGAAAUAUUCUAACUCUUCCAUCGACAAGAGGUUUUUAUUGUAUUAAUUUUUCCACUGUUACGAUGAAUUAUUAUGAGCAAUGUUAUCCAGUAAUUAUUAAAGAUUUUCUCUCUAGACAAAAAUGUAAUUUUAAUAUUUAUUCAAUGUACCAUUGUUACUUAAAUGUAAUAAAUGAUUAUAGCCUAGAUUAACUAAUUACAAAUUAACUUUCUGUGUAUAUUUACUUAAAAUAAAGCUAUUCUCAAUCGA